AAUUGAAAACAAAAGAAAAAAAUCCUUCAUUUUAAUUAAAAAAAAAUAAUUAUGGAACGUUGGAGUGGUAAAGUUGCUGUUGUAACUGGUGCCAGCUCAGGCAUUGGUUGGUCGAUUUGCAAACAUCUACUAGAGAACAAUAUGGUUGUUAUUGGUUUGGCUAAGCGACUUAAGGUUAUGGAGGAAUUACGUGAAGAGCUAUCGAAAGCGCAAAUGGAUCGUUUCUUUCCUCGAGAAUGUGAUCUCACUUCAUUACCAUCACUGCGUACGGCAUUCCACUGGAUUGAACAGCGUUUUGCCCAACGAAUGCAUGUUUUAAUCAAUAAUGCCGCCAUUUUAGAAUAUUCGAAACUCUUGGAUCCAGGAAACGACGAGGCUCUACAGCGCGUAAUUGAUGUUAAUUUAAUGGGCGCCAUCUAUUGCACCAAGGAAGCGUAUCGUUUAAUGAAAAAAGCAAUGGCUUUUGGCGAAGAAUGUCAUAUGAUUAAUGUUAAUAGUUUAUUGGGUCAUGUCGUGCCAGAGCAUAUACCUAAUCGUGGCUUCAAUCUAUAUCCGGUUGCUAAGCAUGCUUUGAGGGCCACCAAUGAAGUGUUGCGAAGAGAAAUGUUUGAAGACAAACUUUUGCGUAUAUCGACCAUUAGUCCUGGAGUUACAGCAACCGAUAUGAGCGCUAAGACCAAUGAGCAUCUGGAGAAUUUAGGCGAAUCGCCAGAAAUUUUUGAACUUUUAAAGCCGGAAGAUGUGGCCAAAGGUAUUUUAUUUAUAUUGGGCUCACCAGCUCACGUAACCAUAGCGGAAUUACUGAUGGUACCGACGGGAGAAAAAUAUUAAAAAUAUAAACCUUUUCUUUUUUUUAUCUGGCAUGCAAAACAUGAAAAACCAUACAAUUCAAUCUUCUCUGAUUGUAAGAAAAGAAAAAAACAGCAAAUAAUAUAAU